CUCCCUCCUCUCCUUCGGUCACUCGCAUUCGACAUCGAGGCGUUGGCAACACGGUUGUAAAACUAUAAUUCCACACUGCAUCUAUGGCACGACGAACUCCUCUGGACGAGUCGCCUCCGGAAGUAUGGCAGGAAAUCAUAUCCUACCUCCCGAAGGCCGACAUGCACAACUGUCGCCUCAUCUCGCACGCCUUUAGCGACCUCUCUACGCCCGUACUCUUCAGCUGUGUGACCAUAACCUUUGGUACCUAUGACCCCGCGAAAGGGUGGGGUUUGGACAUCUCCGUGUUAGACAAAGGGGAGGGUCGAGCUAUGGCGCAAGCGACGCAAUUUGAGCUUGCGGGUCUAUAUCUUCGAGGAUGAUGUGGCAAAUAAUCAGAUGUACAACGCAUCAACAGAUCGUCUUGCCGCCGCAAUGGGGGCGCUUCACCAGUUGCGCUCUCUUGUGUGGCUCAGUCAUCAUAUCCAUCCUUGCCCAGAGGUUGUCGAUGCCCUCGAGAACGGCUGUCCGCUACUUGGUGCCGUUUCUCUUCCGUCAAAGCACUCGCUUUCUACGACGAGCUGCAACACCCCCAUGUCAAACGUGCACACCAUACGACUAUCCUACCACGUUCUCACCGACAUUCCCCUGGCAUAUCUGCCAAGUCUAAGGCACCUGGACAUCACGCUCACGCAAUCCUGCAGCGGCCUAGAUACACUCCUGCGCCAGGUGCCGCAGCUGCAAUCGCUCUCAUUCUGUGACCGCACAUAUCAGCCGCAGGACGAGCUGUUCCGUGAUCUGGCAUCUGCGAUAGCGCGCUUAUCCUGUCUUACCACGCUCGGGCUCAAGGGUACGUCCUACAACGAUUGGGGCUCGUCCGCAAACAUUCAUCUGCGUUUCGCGCUGCUCUGCGAGGCUCUCCGACACUGUCCACAGCUACGCCGUUUUUACUGCGACUUUCAGAUCACCGCGGAGCGCCUUCCAGCGUUCCUGGACGUGACCGCUACUCUCAAGGACCUCGAUGUCUUCCAUCUGGAGUUAGACGAGCAGACGCUCGACGCUCCGCUCCUUCGAGAUCUCCAGCGUUGCCUGCCUGCGGGUCUCUCGGUGCUCUCCGUCUCGACAUUAGGGGCUUUCACCGCACGAAACGCUUUCAGAGAACUCCACAACCAUUUCAGGAACCUCAGCUUCCUCAAUGUCCAUGCGGACGAGUACAUAGAGAGAUUCGGGCACGAGGACUCAGAUGUGCUCGAGGACGCUAUGAUCGAGGACGCUAUGAUCGAUGGCGCCAAACGGCUGCAGUUGCUCGGCUGCAACAGCAGGUUUUACGAUGUCCAGUACCUCCUAUACGGAGAUGCUCGGGUCGCCGCCCUGCUCCCUUGGACCAUGGCUUUGCGGCACAUGGAGGACUCUGGGUGCGAGGGCUGGAACUGGUUGAUACAGCAGUCGAUGCUGUGA